UAACGUUUUCCUGGAGGACUGUUGGGAGUUGAAAAGGGUUUCAAGAUCUUAUCCUCCAAGACUCAGUCAUGGCGCUUUGAACGAACCCAUCACUCAAGUUCCUGUAUUUGCCAAAAGGGCUUCUUGUUUAUCAGAAAUGACAACCCCCUAUCCCUCACAUUUGUUAUCUGCUUCCACUCAUCUCCAAGCUUCCACUAAAAUGGCUCUCAGAAUUCACUCUCCUUUGCUUCAGGGGUUCAAGGGGUCAUCGCAGUAUGUUAAAGGGCAGAACUGCAGUGUGAGUGUUAAACCAUUUAGGUUAUUUCAGAAUACUAGGCCCCGGAUAUCAUGUGCAAUAAAUAUGUCUGCAGACCAGUCAGAUGAUCCUGUGAAAUUGAAAUUGAAACAUCUAAUGGACAAGGCAAGAAAAUUGUGGGACAAUUGUCCUCAAUCAGUCAAGAGCUUCCCUUGGAAUAGAGCACUGGAGAACUUCGUUCAACUCAUCCUUGACCUUAUCUUGGCAGUUGUCAAAUACUUAUGUGUACCCUUACUGGCAGUUACGUCCCUUAGUGAAAUGUCCUACUGUGCGCAUGAAAGGAAGCUUUUUCUUGUCCCUGUUCCACUUCUCAUCGGGAUUGCUGUUGCUGGGGUCUUGAGCGAGACAGCACUGGAUCUAUCUUCAGUUCUCAAGGAUGCAGAAGUUCCCUGGCAUUUGAUUGCCAUAGCGGCUUUCUUCACUUUUCUCAAAUUGCUGGGACCAUAUUACCCAUAUUGGGGGCGAAUAUUUAUUCCACACUUUGCAAACGGGGGGUUAUGGAGGACUUUGUGGUUUGCAUUUUUGUGGUAUAGAAGACCCCAAAAGGAAUUAACAACGGCAUCGCAGCAGAAUUCCACGAAUAGCAGUCACUCUGAACCAAAUAAGCUUUAAUUCUUGCAGGCAGAAUAUAUGGAUCAGGUAUCUGUUACUUGGACAGACAAAAGAUGGAGCGAGUAUGUUUAUGGUGUUUCAACAUGCCUUAUAUCCCACAACAUGAUGCAGUGGUUCUGCCCUCAAAACACACAUGGGGUAAAACCCCAUGCCUCCUCAUCUGAGAGGGGAAAUGUUUUUUAACUAGCUACAAAGGAAAAUGGUUUUAUUAUUGUCAUAGAAAUGUUUAUUUGUGAUAAAACUAAGCUAUAUUCACUUUACAAUCCAGCUGUUUUCACAUAAUACAUGAAGAACAUUUUUAUGCUAGCACAUGUUAUACCUUAUAAUCUUAUAAUGCAAAUAUGCUUGGACAAAA